CGGCGGCGGCGGCGGCAGCGGCGGCUGCAGAUGUGGAUGCGGAGACCAGCCGGGGCUCCGAAGGCAACCCAGACUUUCCUAUGGCCUCGCUGUACGUGGGCGACCUGCAUCCUGAAGUGACAGAGGCAAUGCUGUAUGAGAAGUUCAGCCCGGCCGGGCCCAUCCUGUCCAUCCGCAUUUGCAGGGACAAGAUCACCCGCCGCUCGUUGGGCUACGCGUACGUCAACUACCAGCAACCGGUGGAUGCCAAGCGGGCCCUGGAAACCCUGAACUUUGAUGUGAUCAAGGGCAGGCCCGUGCGCAUCAUGUGGUCCCAGCGGGACCCCUCGCUCCGCAAGAGUGGGGUGGGCAACGUCUUCAUCAAGAACCUGGGCAAGACCAUCGACAACAAGGCGCUGUACAACAUCUUCUCGGCGUUUGGCAACAUCCUGUCCUGCAAAGUGGCCUGCGACGAAAAGGGGCCCAAGGGCUACGGGUUUGUGCACUUCCAGAAGCAGGAGUCCGCAGAGCGAGCCAUUGAUGCGAUGAAUGGCAUGUUCCUGAACUACCGCAAAAUUUUCGUUGGGAGAUUCAAGUCGCAUAAAGAACGAGAGGCCGAAAGGGGAGCCUGGGCCAGGCAGUCCACCAGUGCUGACGUCAAAGAUUUCGAGGAAGACACGGAUGAGGAGGCCACCUUGCGAUGAAGACAUGCCAGGGACGAGCCAGCCAGCAGAGCCAAACCUUGGCUCCCACCCGGUUUACAACCACCCUCUUUGCCCCUCUAACCCACCAGCAGUGUAUUGUAUUGUACUGGGAGUGCAGGUCUCUCUUUAUCUCUCUCUCUCUCUCUCUCUCUCUCUCUCUCUC